GGGAGUCUGGCACAUUUACACACACACAUACACACACACACACACACACACACUCAUCUGCUGUCAGCAGUACACACGAGCUGAGUCCCGCGUCUCUUUGUCCGCGAUCCUAGCGAUCUCAUCAUGACCCAGAGGUGAUCCUCGUUCCGGUGGUUCUGGGAGUCCAGGUCUGUGGUGAAAGAGCGAGAUAGAGGCCUCUUUAUAGGUGAAGGGAUUGCCCAGGGCCACAGCUCCCAGAAUCUGAAGGAGAGCAGCAGUUAUCCAGGCAGGACUAAAGAUCGGGAUGGAGAAGGAAGAUCUGAAGAUUGUCAACAAGGGUUUGGAGGAUGAGAUGGAGCUGAGCGGGUAUCGGCUGUGCCGAUGGAAGCUGGUUCUGGUGGGUUUGGGUGGUCUCUGUACAGGAGGUUUUCUCUUCCUGCUGCUCUAUUGGAUGCCUGAAUGGUGUGUGAAGGCCACCUGCACACAGACCACCAUCAGAGACGCAGACGUCGCCCUCUUACGAAGCACUGAUGAGUUCAAGCGCUGGUUUCGAGCCAGGAUUCGGAUAAUGCUGGCUCCUGGGAAGGACCCUUACGACAACCAGGCCUCUCAAACCGCCUCCCCUCAGGCCAAUGACCACACCCACAACCCCUCUGACUCCGCCCCUGGGAAAAUCACCAGGAAUCCAGAGGACCAGCAUGUGCCGACACGUUAUUUUACCCUCCACAGCACUAAAUACUUUUGGAACGACUCCAUUCAGAACUUUGAAGUAUUGACAGGCCUGGAAGAUAUGAGCAUGACCUGCUCAUCUGUACACUCAAAGCACAGCGCCGGGCUCAACAAAAACCAGCAGGAGUACAGGAGAUUUUUUUUCGGACUCAAUGAAAUGGACGUGAAAGUGCCUUCUCUUUUCAAGCUGCUAAUUAAAGAGGUCCUCAAUCCUUUCUACAUCUUCCAGCUCUUCAGUGUUAUCCUGUGGUGUAGUGAUGAAUACUAUUACUACGCAAUGGCCAUAAUUUUCAUGUCCGUCAUAUCAAUAGCUACCUCUCUCUAUACUAUUAAAAAGCAAUAUGUAAUGCUACACGACAUGGUGGCAGCACACAGUACUGUUCGAGUUACAGUCUACAGGGGCGAAAACGAAACAGAGGAAGCCCUGUCCACAGACUUGGUCCCUGGCGAUGUCAUCGUCAUCCCCAGCAACGGGACCAUCAUGCCCUGUGAUGCAGUGCUCGUCUGUGGAACCUGCAUUGUUAAUGAGAGCAUGCUUACAGGUGAGAGUGUUCCGGUAACAAAGACUGACCUUCCAAACCCUCAACGGGACAAGAAGGGUGGGGAUGGAGACACCAUUUACAGCACAGAGGAACACAAGAGACACACACUCUUCUGUGGCACAAACGUAAUACAGACCCGCUACUACACGGGAGAAAUGGUCAAAGCCGUGGUGGUCCGGACAGGUUUUAGCACUGCUAAAGGGCAGCUGAUCCGCUCUAUCCUGUACCCAAAACCCACAGAUUUUAAGCUGUACCGGGAUGCCUACCUGUUCCUGCUGUGCUUGGUGGCCAUUGCCAGCAUCGUCUUUGUCUAUUCUUUGGUCAUGAAAAUCAUAAAUCAGGAACCAGUUAAGGAAAUAAUAGUCAAGUCUCUGGACAUCAUUACUAUCACAGUGCCCCCUGCACUGCCGGCAGCCAUGACAGCUGGCAUUGUCUAUGCUCAGCGGCGCCUCAAGAAAGUGGGGAUAUUCUCCAUCAGCCCACAAAGAAUCAACAUCUGUGGGCAGCUGAACCUGGUGUGCUUUGACAAGACCGGCACCCUCACAGAAGAUGGCUUGGACAUGUGGGGAAUUCAACGAGCAGAAGAUGGCAGAUUCCACCAUUCAGAAGAAAAAGCAGAUGAUAAGAGCUUAGUAACAACCAAGUUUGUGUCCUGCAUGGCCACCUGUCACUCCCUCACCAAGAUUGAGGGUCAGCUCUCUGGAGAUCCACUAGACCUCAAGAUGUUCGAGGCCACAGGCUGGAUUUUGGUGGAAGCUACAGAAGAGGAGACGGCUCACCAUGACCGCAUUGAACUCACUUACGUAAAACCACCCAGUCAGCUUCUGCCGCCUCCAGUCAUAUCACCUGAACAGGACCUGGAACUCUCUGAACUCUAUGAGCUCUCGGCGUCAUAUAUGAUUGGUAUCGUGCGGCAGUUCUCCUUCUCCUCUGCUCUGCAGAGAAUGAGCGUGGUUGUCCGACAGAUCGGAGAGAGACGAAUGGACGCCUAUCUGAAAGGAGCUCCAGAGGUCGUGGCAAGCCUGUGUAAGAAAGAAACAGUACCAGAAGAUUUUGCAGAGGUUCUGGAGGACUACACCAAACAGGGCUUCCGGGUCAUCGCGCUGGCACACAGACGGCUGGAAUCCAAACUUACAUUUCAUAAAGUGCAGAACAUUAACCGGGAUCAAAUUGAGAAAAAUAUGGAUUUUCUGGGUUUGAUCAUCAUGCAGAACAAGCUGAAAACAGAAACUCCAGGUGUGCUGGAAGAUCUACGACGUGCCAACAUACGCACCGUUAUGGUCACAGGUGACAACAUGCUGACAGCCAUCUCCGUGGCACGAGACUGCGGCAUGAUUCAGCCACAAGACCGAGUCAUUAUUGCAGAUGCUCUGCCCCCUAAAGACGGCCAGGCUGCUAAGAUCACCUGGCACUACGCCGACAAACCCAGCAAACUCUCGAACAAGCCCACCAAAUUAGAGGAGAUGGAGAUUAUUAUGGAAGAUGGGGAUUCUGUGGAUGAGAUGAAACCUCAGGAACAGUAUCACUUUGCCAUGAGCGGCAAAUCAUUUGCUGUGAUUACUGAACAUUUCCCGGACCUGCUACAGAAGCUGGUGCUUCAUGGAACCGUGUUUGCAAGGAUGGCCCCCGACCAGAAGACUCAGCUUGUUGAGACAUUAGAAAGUGUAGACUAUUUUGUUGGAAUGUGUGGAGACGGCGCGAACGACUGUGGGGCACUGAAGAGAGCUCAUGCUGGGAUCUCUCUAUCAGAGCUGGAGGCUUCAGUGGCUUCUCCAUUUACCUCCACGACUCCCAGCAUCACCUGCGUGCCCAAUCUGAUCAGGGAGGGCAGAGCGGCUCUCAUCACCUCCUUCUGUGUGUUUAAGUUCAUGGCUCUGUACAGUAUUAUUCAAUGCCUCAGUGUCGCCCUUCUCUACUCCAUUGGCAGCAACCUGGGCGACUUCCAGUUUCUCUUCAUCGAUAUGGCUAUCAUUCUUUUAAUUGUCUUCACUAUGAGUUUGAAUUCUGCAUGGAAGGAGCUUGUCGCCCAAAGACCUCCCUCCGGUCUCGUCUCAGGUCCUCUCCUCUUCUCAGUUCUGACCCAGAUUUUCAUUUGCCUGGGUUUCCAGAUCAUGGCCUUCCUCUUGAUCCAAGAAUUGGACUGGUACUCAGAACCAGAUUUCUACAACUGCUCUGCUCCACAUCACAUGGAUAACUCCACUGAAGAAGAAGAAGAGACUGAAGAAACAAUCAUGAACGAUGUGAACACUACUCUCUUCUUCGUCUCCUCUUUUCAGUACCUCAUUGUUGCCAUUGUUUUCUCCAAAGGAAAACCUUUCCGCCAGCCCAGCUACAAGAACUGGCCGUUUGUACUCUCUGCUUUAAUUCUCAUCGUUUUCCUGUUUUUCAUCAUGUUUGUCCCAAUCUCUGGAAUUUAUGAAUUUUUAGAGAUUGUAUGUGUUCCUUUGAGCUGGCGUGUGUCUGUGGUGCUCAUCGUGCUGGGGAACACCCUGGUGUCUGUCUUCAUCGAGACUGUCGUGCUUGACGUCAUCUUAUGGAAGCAUGUGUUCAGCAGAGACAAGCAGGGCAGCUAUGGCAUCUCCCCUGCAGGCCCGACACCACAGGGAGGAAUAGACAUGUUUGGAACGAAAUGGCUCUGCUGCUGGCAGAAAAAAGUGCCCAAGGCUCGGUACAUGCACCUGGCCCAAGAGCUGAGCGUGGAUCCCGACUGGCCUCCCAAACCUAAGAGCACUACUGAAGCCAAACCCUCCCCUCAUGCGGAUGACUGCUCCUACCAGAUUGAGGCCGUUUCCUAGCGUUACCACCGACACACUCAUUACCGCAUGUCUAAACCACCAGGGAUACCUUUAAACAAAUGAAUUGAUUUUGUUAAAAGAGAUACGAAAGACACCAAAAAACCUGCAAAGGAGAGUUUGUAUUAGCACCUCAAAGAUAUCUUGAGGUGAUUCAUCGUCUCUCUUCUUUGAUUUUUCUUUUUUUUUCUUCUUCUUUUUUUUUCUGCUGCUCAAGAUUAUUUUUUUAGUGGGCGGGGCUCGCAGGCUGGGAACUGUGGAAGACCCGCCCACACGGGAAUUCGGUUUGUCACCGCUAUCCCCUUAAGACAUCAAGUAGACCGCAAAAUGAUUGAACUCUACCAAAUGUGGCUCUUUACAUCACCUUCUCCAUGAUUUCAUGGACCUGGUGGCUCUCUUACGGAUAUCAGCUCUUCACUGGAUUUCAAGCGAUGUCCUGUUAUGUAGUCUGUAGCGCAUCAUCUCCACAGGCUGCGCGGCAGGGGCUGCAUGCGAACGCUUUUAAACCAUCGCUGCAUGCAGAACAAACCAAACUUUAGUGGCUCACAGAAUCCACGAUCCAGCUUCAUUACCAGCCAGCUCGUUUUAGAUAUAUAGAAUUACACGAUCUUUACUUUUCAUAUCUCUUCCCAUGGAAGAAUCGGGGUAGGGUGAUGAAGUGAGGAAGGCUAAACAUUGUGAAAGUCAUUUGUGUUUUGUUCACCUCUCCCAACGCAGUGUCCAGUGAUAGGUUUUGCUUUGGUCCAUCCUGAAACUUUUUACCAAUUUUUGUUGAAAACGGUGUCACAAGUCCUGGUUUAUUCAGCAUCAUCAUAUUUGCAAUGAGGCAUUUCUAAGAGUUAGAUUGGGAAUCGGCUGGAAGGGGCUCUUGGUGCAUUGAUUGUUCACAUAGAAAUUUAGGGCACAUUCAUUAGGAAAAUGUACAAAUGAUAGAGCUUUAAACUGGAGUGUUUGUUUGAAAUGGGGACUAUCUGAAAAUUGUAUUUUCAAAUUUUUCAAUCCAGAUCAAAUCAUGCUCCCAAUGAAAUCACUCAAAAUUGGCCAGAUGACAGUAUUACUUGUGCAUGACUUCUUAACGGUUUUGCUGCUAAUCUAUGAAAAAAAGCAACUUUUCCAAAAAAUCUGAAGGUUCGAAAUGUUGCAGAUGAUCCCUUUCCUUCUUCCAAAUAUGUUUUACUUGCAUAAUGUAUGCAGUGCAGUUCAACUGUCCCUAACUUUUGCAGGCUUGUCUCAGUGUAUCUUUUUUGGUUUAUUUGUUUGGUUUUUGAA